GCGGCCGGGCGGCCGGAGCGGGGCUGGAGCCGGGAAGUUGGGUUCCGGGCGCUGCUCCUGCGGAGGGCGAGGCGGCGGCCGGCGCGGGCCGCUCGGCUGAGCUCAGGUGUCGGCCGCCUCCCGCGCUCGACCCGAAGGGAAUCGCUAGCACACGCGCCCUCCCGCCACUGCCGGCCGGACUCAGACCGCAGACGAGCCCGGCCAGUCCCAGCGGAGGACAGACAGACAGACAGACCGACCGACAGACGGCGCGUCGCCGGGCAGAAAGAGAGGGCGGCGGCUCGGGCGGAGGCGGGUCUCGAACUCCGGCGGCGGCCCCCGGCUCGGGGUCGGGCAUGAGCCCGCGGGGGCCGAGCGGCGCGGGCAGCGGCCUGGCCCAGCCAUCUUGACUGCGCACGGCGGCCCGGAGGAAACUUGCUGCGCCGCCACCUCCCGCGCCCCGCAGAGUCACCGUGGCCGGCGGAGCGAGGGGGGAGCCCGGCGAGUGCAGGACGAUGCGCCGGGGGCCGGCCCCUCUGGUCCGCGGGCGCUGAACUCCGCCGGCGGCCGGCGCAGCGGGCAGCCCAGGAAGGGGAGGGGGUCCCCGGGGACUGCGGACGCGUCCCGAGCCGGGACGAGGUGAUCGGCGGACCCCCGCCGCCCCGCCACCACCCGAGAGGCCGCAGGGCAGUGCGGCCAACCCGCGCCCGCCGCCCCCUCCCGCGGCCCGCUCGCUCGCCCCCCGAGCCCCCGGGCGCAGCAUGGAGUGGGGGUACCUGUUGGAAGUGACCUCGCUGCUGGCCGCCCUGGCGCUGCUGCAGCGCUCCAGCGGCGCGGCGGCCGCCUCGGCCAAGGAGCUGGCGUGCCAGGAGAUCACCGUGCCCCUGUGCAAGGGCAUCGGCUACAACUACACCUACAUGCCCAACCAAUUCAACCACGACACGCAGGACGAGGCGGGCCUGGAGGUGCACCAGUUCUGGCCGCUGGUGGAGAUCCAGUGCUCGCCGGACCUCAAGUUCUUCCUGUGCUCCAUGUACACGCCCAUCUGCCUGGAGGACUACAAGAAGCCGCUGCCGCCCUGCCGCUCGGUGUGCGAGCGCGCCAAGGCCGGCUGCGCGCCGCUCAUGCGCCAGUACGGCUUCGCCUGGCCCGACCGCAUGCGCUGCGACCGGCUGCCGGAGCAGGGCAACCCCGACACGCUGUGCAUGGACUACAACCGCACCGACCUCACCACGGCCGCGCCCAGCCCGCCGCGCCGCCUGCCGCCGCCGCCGCCGCCGCCGCCGCCCGGCGAGCAGCCGCCCUCGGGGAGCGGCCACGGGCGGCCCCCCGGAGCCCGGCCCCCGGCGCGCGGUCGGGGCGGCGGGGGCGGCGGCGGCGAGGCGGGGGCGCCCCCCGCGCGCGGAGGCGGUGGCGGCGGCGGGAAGGCGCGGCCCCCUGGCGGCGGGUCUGCGCCCUGCGAGCCGGGCUGCCAGUGCCGUGCGCCCAUGGUGAGCGUGUCGAGCGAGCGGCACCCGCUGUACAACCGCGUCAAGACGGGCCAGAUCGCCAACUGCGCGCUGCCCUGCCACAACCCCUUCUUCAGCCAGGACGAGCGCGCCUUCACCGUCUUCUGGAUCGGCCUGUGGUCCGUGCUGUGCUUCGUGUCCACCUUCGCCACCGUGUCCACCUUCCUCAUCGACAUGGAGCGCUUCAAGUACCCCGAGCGGCCCAUCAUCUUCCUGUCGGCCUGCUACCUCUUCGUGUCGGUGGGCUACCUGGUGCGGCUGGUGGCGGGCCACGAGAAGGUGGCGUGCAGCGGGGGCGCGCCGGGCGCGGCCGGCGCGGGGGGCGCGGGCGGGGCGGCGGCGGCGGGCGCGGGCGCGGCGGGCGCGGCGGGCGCGGGCGCGGCGGGCGGGCGCGGCGAGUACGAGGAGCUGGGCGGCGUGGAGCAGCACGUGCGCUACGAGACCACCGGGCCGGCGCUGUGCACCGUGGUCUUCCUGCUCGUCUACUUCUUCGGCAUGGCCAGCUCCAUCUGGUGGGUCAUCCUGUCGCUCACGUGGUUCCUGGCGGCGGGCAUGAAGUGGGGCAACGAGGCCAUCGCGGGCUACUCGCAGUACUUCCACCUGGCCGCCUGGCUGGUGCCCAGCGUCAAGUCCAUCGCGGUGCUGGCGCUCAGCUCGGUGGACGGCGACCCGGUGGCGGGCAUCUGCUACGUGGGCAACCAGAGCCUGGACAACCUGCGCGGCUUCGUGCUGGCGCCGCUGGUCAUCUACCUGUUCAUCGGCACCAUGUUCCUGCUGGCCGGCUUCGUGUCGCUCUUCCGCAUCCGCUCGGUCAUCAAGCAGCAGGGCGGCCCCACCAAGACGCACAAGCUGGAGAAGCUCAUGAUCCGCCUGGGGCUGUUCACCGUGCUCUACACCGUGCCCGCCGCUGCGGUGGUGGCCUGCCUCUUCUACGAGCAGCACAACCGGCCGCGCUGGGAGGCCACGCACAACUGCCCGUGCCUGCGGGACCUGCAGCCGGACCAGGCGCGCCGGCCCGACUACGCCGUGUUCAUGCUCAAGUACUUCAUGUGCCUGGUGGUGGGCAUCACCUCGGGCGUGUGGGUCUGGUCGGGCAAGACGCUCGAGUCGUGGCGCGCCCUGUGCACGCGCUGCUGCUGGGCCAGCAAGGGCGCGGCGGCCGGGGGCGCGGCGGCGGGGGGCGCGGGCGGCGGGGGCGCGGGCGGCGGCGGGGGCGCGGGCGGGGGCGCGGGCUCGCUCUACAGCGACGUCAGCACCGGCCUGACGUGGCGCUCGGGCACGGCCAGCUCGGUGUCCUACCCUAAGCACAUGCCAUUGUCCCAGGUCUGAGUGCCAGUGGGGACCCUGGGGUGCCCAGCCUCGCCGCCCCCCCCCCAGUGUUGACUGCGAUUAGCAUGAUAAUGAACUUAAUGGUAUCCAUUAGAUGGGACUUAGAGGACUCGCGCACUCGGAUCAAAGUACCUGGCAUGGGAGGUCCCCCAGCCCCCACCCCCUUUCUUCUGCACCCAGGGCCCGGGAGAGGGAGGAAGGGAGGGAGGGGGAGUGGGCCCUGGGGACCCCCCCCCAGGUCUGGAGCCCGCGCCGGUUGCCGUUGGUGGAGCAUGAAGCCAGAUUGACAAAUUUCACCUGAUCUUGGGGGGGGGUGGGCUGCACUUCUGCCGCCCCCCUUCAUAAACUGAGUCCUGACAGAUCCGUAGAGGGAAGGUGACCUGUUGGGACUGAUUGCACGGUUUCGGUAUUCUUAAGGACCAGGCACAUGCCUUAAGUAAAUAAACAAGAAAUGUCUUAAUUAUCCACCCCACGUAAAUACGGGUUUCUUACAUUAGAGGAUGUAUUUAUAUAAUUAUUUGUUAACUUGUAAAGAAAAAAACAAGCGAGCAAGCAAUGUGUAACAUAUGUACAUAGCCAAAAGAUAUACCGUCUGUACAUUUCUUUUUGUAAAAAGUUUAGAGGCCACCCCUGUAAGAACAAAGUAUAAGUAUUCUAUUUUGUCAAUAAAAUGGCUUUUUUUUUUUUUG